AUGGCAUAUAGUCAAUCCAAAGUUGACGAGAUCGAGAAGCGCUUUCAGCAGUUUAUGCAGUGUGAAGAUGAGGUGGAAAAGGAAUUGCAGGCUAUCUAUGAAAGCCUUCUAGAUGAAGUUUUGAUGGGAUUCGUUUUUGAUUCACAUAAAAAUGCCAAACUAGGUAUCGAUGAUGCCGAAAAAGGUAUCUCAGAUGGAGAUUUUUCUGCUACUAAUGUACCAGGACUGGACUUAAUGGGUAACCCAAUGAAAGUUCCGCAGGUAAAAUGCACAUGUCCACACUGCGAACGAGAUGUCGGAGCCAACCAUUUUGCGAGGCAUAUGGAAAAUUGUUUCGGCCUGGGAAGGAAUUCCGCGAGGACAGCAUCGCGUCGUAGUACCACCACCGUCAAGUACACAGAAUCCGAAACUGUCAGCAGCGACGAUGAGGACGACGACUGGGAUAAGAGUAAGAAACGCAAACAUAAAUCCACGAAGAAUCCAGCCAAAAAAAGGAAGUAA